AUGAACGACACACCUCUGCUUCCUCCGGGCCUCGAGUCCCCAGAUGGCCAAAGUCUCACCUCCCGCCGCGCCUAUAUGGCUGCUGUUUUCCCGCUUUAUGGGCCAUACAGCGACGAGAUGAUGGCAGCCGCCAGAGCUAGGGCGGAGCGUACCAUCUGUUUUGCCCUCCAUGGGUACAAGAAGACCCGGGUCACCCACCUAUACUUCGAGUACCUCGUCGAUCUCACCGUCUGGGACAACUGGUCGACUUCCAACAAGCUGCCGUUCUCCCUCCCUGAAUGUCCAUGGGCUGAGACGGGGCCGCAUCCCAACAACGCAAGCGAGGGCUGUUCGUCUAUUUACGCCCAGUGGCUUGAAAGCCACAUUGACGAGCGCGCCCCCUCCGCUGCCGAACAGCAGCUCGAGCCCGAGUUUGCUUCCGCCUCCCCUCCCUCUAUCGCUGCUUCGGCUGCCGUGCCACCUCAGACCUCCUCUCCCACCCACGCUCAGUCACCCGAGAGCCCCAACCACCAGCGCGUCGUGGAGGCCUUGACCAGGAGCAUCGAAGCUCUCAAGAGAGAUGCCGAGUCGAUCAACCGUCGUAUCGCAGAGCUAGAGGCCCUCAAAGAGAGCAUCGCGGCGCUCAAGCCCAAGCCGAUCAUUUGGGACUUUGACUCUGACAUGGAUACAUCUAAUGUCUAA